AGUACUCUGAUAACUUUCGUUUCAACAUGACGUCGCAGGAUUUUAAACUGUACGAAAAUAUAUUUAUUGAGACAAAUCUACAGUCGAGUGAUUACGACGGGGUCAUUGUUAUAAUAUAUCCACAAGAAAAAAAUAUACGGUUACCCCGACACAUAUGUAGUUUUAUAGACAAAAUAUCUCUAUUAGACAAACAUAUUAAUACUGUCGCAACCGUUUGGAACUGUGACUAUGUGUCUGGGGGACGUUUGAUACUGUCCCCGACUGGGAAAAUAACGCCGUACCAUGAUGUGAAGGUGAUCAGAGAUGCCGCCAAGAAGGGCAUGCAGCGGGCUUUGGACGCUGGGAUGAAGAAACCUUUGUUGGUCGUGGAGAAUGUCGUCGACUUCCCCGAUGGACAAUUGGUUUGUAUUCUGGGAGCCCUUGAAGCGUUCUACGUUCCAUUACAAAUAAGGGAACGGCAGGAAUGCAGGAAUUUCAUCAGAAUCGGACUGCACGCCGAGGAAAAGGAAACGGAGUCCUUCGAGAGGAUCGUUAGGAAUGCAAUCGCCUUGGAAAGAGCUAGAAUAUUCACAAGGGAUAUAGCCGGUGGAGAUCCUGAGAGGAUGGCGCCAGCGAGAAUCGUGGAAUACGUCAAGAAUUUAUUCGCCGAAGACAGCAAUAUCACGAUCAACGUUAUUGACGAUGACGAAACUAUCGCAAAGGAUUAUCCACUUUUAGCAGCUGUAUCGAGAGCUGCUAAUCACGUGGAUCGGCAUAAGGCUAGAGUCGUUGAAAUAGAAUACAAAUCAUCCAACCCGAACAGAGUUACGGAAACUCUAAUGCUUGUAGGGAAAGGUGUGACCUACGACACCGGUGGUGCUGACAUUAAAAUUAGCGGCAAAAUGGCUGGUAUGUCCAGGGACAAAUGUGGAGCAGCUGCUGUCGCUGGUUUCUUGAAAACUUGCUCGAUUCUGAAACCACCACAUCUAAAGGUGAUAGGUGUUCUGUGUCUAUGCAGAAAUUCCGUUGGUUCAGAUUCGUAUGUCUCGGACGAGCUCAUCUUUUCCCGUGGGGGGAAAUCCGUGAGGAUAACGAACACGGACGCGGAAGGCAGACUCGCAAUGGCGGAUUCACUUUUCAAGCUGUCCGAAUUAGCUGGAAAGGAGCUCAAUCCUCACAUUUACACCAUAGCAACAUUGACCGGCCACGCCAGAGCUUGCUAUGGCAAUUACAGCGCUGCAAUGGAUAACCACAGCGCUAAAGCUACUAACCAUUCAUCGAAAUUACAAUUCAGCGGAUCGAGGGUCGGCGAAGGAUUUGAAGUAUCAGUCGUCAGAUCGGAAGAUUUAGCCGUGAAUGUUGGUAAAUGUAAGGGCGAUGACCUCGUGCAAUACGAUACGGACGCAAAGUUCCGUAAUCACCAACUGGCUGCGGGCUUCCUUAUCAAAGUCGGCGGCUUAGAAGAUAAAAACAUUAAGUUUACGCAUUUAGACAUCGCUGGUGCCGCUGGAAUCCCUCCCGAGGAGCCGACAGCUGUUCCCUUGCUCUCUCUCUGUCAUUUGCAUAAAGUACUUUUGUAAUUAGAUAUCUUCUGUAUUGUUUGCUUUUUAAAAUAUUAGUCGAAUGAAAAUAAAACAUAAAU